AUGUCAUCAACAGUCUCAUCCUGUCAACAUCAUGUCUGUAAAUCUUGUGUUGGAGGUAAAAUGAGACUUAAACCUUCCUGUUCUUGGUGUAAAGAUCAUUCAAAUUACAACAAUUUAAAUACUAAUGGUAAUCGAAUCAGCAGUAUCACCAGUAUUGGAAAUGGUAUUAAUAUUGUCGGUAAUUUACUUCCAUCGAUAACCCUUAGUGAGGCCAUUAACGGGGAUAACACGAAAACAGGUAUCAUACUUAAAGCGGGUUCAGCUCAAGCUUUUACUUUAAAUCGUAACAUAAUCAAAGCAGAUUCAACACAAUUAAAUAAAAUAUUAACCGGAACAUUAUCCAACAAUUCAGUGACCAACAACAACAGUAACAAUAAUAAUAAUAAUAACACCAGUACAACUCUAACCAAUAACAAUAGUAAUCAAACACCAUCGGUAAAUCGUAAGGUUCGUAGAGGAUGUCGAUGUGGCCUGGCCACUCCGAAUCCUGGUAAAUUGGCCUGUUGUGGUCAACGAUGUCCAUGUUAUGUUGAAAGUAAAGCUUGUAAUCAAUGUAAAUGUCGCGGUUGUCGUAAUCCAAAUAAGGUGUCCAAUUUAACGACAAUUAACAUAAUCUCAACUUCAUCUUCAACCGGUUCAAUGUUAACAUCAUCAUUAACAUCAUCGACACCAUCAACUUCAUCAAUAACAUCAACAUCCAAUAUAAUCACUCCAUUAAUCACUUCGACAACCUCAAACUCUCUGGCAACAUCAUCAUUUACAUCAGCAUCUAAACAAACGGAAUCGGCUCUAAUUACAAUUCCAAGUUUGAUAGCUGCUAAUCUAUUCAAAUUCGAUAAUUGUUAA